AUGUAUUCGACAAGUGCAAAGAUAGUCAAGCCACAGGGCGAAAAGCCAGAUGAAAUUGAAUCCUCCAUCAGUCAGGCUCUCCUGGAGCUUGAGAUGAAUUCUGACAUGAAGGCAUCUCUUUAUGAAUUGUUCUUCGUUGGAGCCAAGGAGGUUGAUGUUCAAGGCAAAAAGGCCAUCGUCAUUUACGUUCCAGUUCCUCAGCUGAAAGCUUACCAGAAAAUCCAAACCCGUUUGGUUAGAGAACUUGAAAAGAAGUUCAAUGGCAAGCCUGUUGUCUUUAUUGCUCAGAGAAGAAUUUUGCCGAAGCCUACAAGGAACAGCAAGAGGGUGAACAAGCAAAAGAGACCAAGAAGCCGUACACUAACAGCUGUACAUGAGGCUAUUUUGGAGGAUUUGUGCUUCCCUGCUGAGAUUGUUGGCAAACGUGUACGAGUCAAGUUGGAUGGUUCCAAGGUCAUCAAGAUUCAUUUGGAUAAAAGCCAACAAAACAAUGUUGAGCACAAGUUGGAGACAUUCACAUCUGUUUACAAGAAGUUGACUGGCAAAGAUGUGACUUUUGAGUUCCCUGAAUUUGUAUUGUAG